UAAUACUAAUAGUAAUAUUAUCAAGAGGAAAAUAUUAUUAGCCAGAAUUUUUUACAGAUAUUUUUUGGUGCUGGGGUGUAUUUUGUGGAUUGUAAAAUAUUAAGAAAAUGUUAUAAAUGUUCUAUAACUUACUAUAAGCGUUAUUAAACUUAAUUAUUCAUUUAGUAGACUUUAGGCGUAAUAAGUAUAGCUUGAACUUGAAACUAAGUAAAACUAAAAGUUUCGUUAGUUCAGUUGUGCCUUUGGUUUGAUUAGGUCGGUACAGAAUUGUAUUACUACUGCCCCUUAUGUGGUGUGGGGGUGGUUAUUAACUUAUUACCUACCAAGCCAAGGUUACAACCAACCUCACAAAAUUGUGCAUGGUGUCCUAUCACAGUUUCGAAUGGUUUAGGCUUAACCAUACAGGAUUGUCUUGGAAGACAAGGCGUUUCCAGCUAGUUGUACAUCCACAAAACAGUAAAGAAAUAUGACAGAAUACAAGCUUGUUGUUGUUGGAGCUGGAGGUGUCGGUAAAAGUGCCUUGACAAUCCAACUUAUACAGAACCACUUUGUUGAUGAGUAUGAUCCAACAAUAGAGGAUUCAUAUAGGAAGCAAGUAGUUAUUGAUGGGGAGACAUGUCUUCUGGAUAUAUUAGAUACAGCAGGACAAGAAGAGUACAGUGCAAUGAGAGACCAGUAUAUGCGCACAGGAGAAGGGUUUCUUUUAGUGUUUGCAGUUAACAAUGCCAAAUCAUUUGAAGAUAUUAGCAUGUAUCGUGAACAGAUAAAACGUGUAAAAGAUGCAGAUGAUGUCCCUAUGGUCUUGGUUGGAAAUAAAUGUGACCUUCCAACCAGAGCAGUAGACACGAAGCAGGCCACAGAAGUAGCAAAAAAUUAUGGAAUUCCUUUCAUAGAGACAUCAGCAAAGACAAGAAUGGGUGUAGAUGAUGCCUUUUACACUUUGGUUCGAGAAAUACGUAGAGAUAGAGAAAGAAAGGGAAAGGAUAAAAAAAAGCACAGAGAUAAACCCCGGAAGAAAAAGUGUACCAUUUUAUAAAUGUUCUUCACCAUUAUCUACAAUCAGCAGCCCCUCCGGUGGAGCCGUCAAUCAUCAUAUCGGUACAUUACGUGCAGAGCUUUACUCUUCCCUGCAUCAGUUUUGGACCAAUUGUUGUUACUCUAUAAUUGCCAUCUUCAUGCUUUUUCUAAGAUUUUUUUCUAUUUGACAGUAAAAUGAACUUAAUAUAUUUUUUGUGUUUAUUAUUCAUGUGGAUUGAAGACUCUUCGUGUAGCCCGAUUCAGUCAACCAUUCAUGUCAGCUUUCUGUGCAUCACAACAUAUUCCGUACAUAGGUAUUACUAACAGUGUACAGGUAGUUAAUAGUUGCAUAGAAAAAUUGACAUGAAAAACUAAUCAGAAGUGUAAUAGGAAGGAAAAGGGACACAUGGUUCUUUGGAUCAUUUCCAUGAGGGAAGAAGGGACACAUGGUUCAUUUCCAUGAAGGAAGAAGUGACAAUGGUUCAUUUCAUCAUUUUCAUGAAGGAACAUAUGGAUCAUUUCAUCAUUUCUAUGCUCAUGCUAAGAAAGUAUAACCUGAACAGACUCGUGGAAAUUCUGACCAUAUAUGAAGUGAAUUACCUGAAAAAUCUGCAGUUAGUUACUUCCUUAUUUGAUGAUGAGAAACCUACUUUGAGGCAAUGAAUUUGAAGAUAGCUUGAAUUGGUAAUGAAGAAAAAUUUAUUGCAAGUUCAACAUUGUAUUAUUUGCUAUGUGAAACGUGUCAUAAUAUUUUCUUCAUUAUCCAUUCAAGCUGUCUUCAGACUUUAUAGUUACUCCUUUAGUUAAUGAAAAUAGAAAAAAAUAAUGUUCCACCAUUUGUUAUUUUUAAGGCUAAUCGAAGUGUAUUUAAUUAAAACAAUAUUUUCAUUACUUGACAAUAAUAUGUCACCAGUGUUUUCAGAUAUGGCUGGACCCUUAAAUUCAAAAGGUCACAUGAUUUAUGAAACACCCCAAGAGAAGUAAAACUUCUUAGUACCUAACUGAAAUUAUGUAAAACUAUUAGAGCUGAACUCCAGAAGAUAAAUAGGUAUAUUGUGUAUGAAUAACGGGUUAUCAUACGAUUGGUAUAUUGUAUGUAAAUAACAGGCUAUACAUACAGUUGGUAUGUUGUAUACAACUGUCAGAGCUGAACUGCAGAACAUACAUGAUAUAUUGUAUAUAAAUAACAGGCUAUACAUACAGUUGGUUUGUUGUGUACAACUGUCGGAGCUGAACUCCAGAACAUACAGUUAGUAUAUUGUGUAUAAAUAACAGAGCUCCUUUUAACCUUGACUUACAGAAACUAAACUCUAGUCUCAGGUUUUUCACAUGCUCAUGAACUUAACUUUAAACUCAGAUUUGCUACAGUAAAUUUACCACAUACUCAUGAACUAAACUCUAGACACAGAUUUACUGUGAUGAAAUUUAGAUUCAGGUUUGGUAUAAUGAUCUUACCACCUGCUCAUGAACUAAACUACACAGAUUUGCCACAGUAAACUUAGCACAUACUCGUGAACUAAACUGACAUAAACUUGGUAUGAUGAACUUACCACAUGCUCACGAAUUUAAUAUUGUAAUCACUUUUCAAACACCUGCUUGUAUUGUGGUUGUUUACUUCUGUUAAAUUAGCUUUACUAUCACAAAUUUUCUUAUGUGAAGAAUCCAUAUAUUUUAAAGAUAACCAAAUUUAAAAAAAAAUCUGAAUGUUAGAUGUAAUGAACAGACAUAUAUGUUUCUAAUUUCAAGUAACUCUUGGAUACUUCAAUGUAUUUUAUAAUAAUAAAAUGUAUACCUCUUGGUAGUUACCACAGUCAGGUUACUGGGUAGACUGCCAAGUAUCUUGUCCAGUUAAAUGUUACUUGCAGAACACAACUAGUUUAUAUUUUGUAGAUCAAUGAACACAAGUACUGUGCAGCUGAAUUCUAGCCGAUUGCUACUUAUUGAUUGAAGUAAAGCAUUCAUUUAUAUGAUGUUAUCCUGCAUCUGUGUCAUGAAAUCAUCUAAGAGCCAAGUGCUUUGAAUUUUUAGUUUUCUUGAAAUUGGUUUUAAUUGAAACGAUGUUUUGACAUUCUCCAAUUUUUACAUAAUAUUUACUUGUUUCUCAUUUUCCAUAUGAUUUGCUAGUUUUUGAUAUUGUACUUUUAACUAUGAAAUCAUUAUAAAUUGUUUUUUUGGAUUUA